UUCUGUCUCAACAUAAUGUCAAUGAAGCUGAUAUUGGGGUUAUAAUUAAGGCGAAUACGGUAACAGAAUCAGAAGCGCCACCCCAACCUAAUCGUGCUCCGCUAAAAUGGGGACAUUAUUUAAUGGGACCUUGUUUAACGAUACACUUGUAUUCAUACCUUUAUUGUAAUAUGGUAAUCGCUCAAUAUGUGUACUCGUAUCUUGCCAAACAGAAAUAUCCUGACACGUCAUUUCUUAGCAACAAUGGCGACUCACAAUGUUACACCAACAAGACCUCUCCUGCCUACAUUGAGCGGACAGAUGCGCAAACAAUGGCUAGUGAUUGGCUCAUGUUGUCAUCAGUGUUUGCUUGUGCACCUGGCAUUGUAACAGACGUUGUUAUGGGAUCGUUAAGCGACAAACACGGAAGAAAGCAUUUCGUUGUCAUUUCCCUCAUUGGAACUUUCCUGAAAACUCUCCUGAUCGCAAUGGGAAUGAGCACGGACAUCAGUGUAACGUAUUUCUUCCUGUUUAUUGGAAUCGAGGGAUUGACAGGGGGAUGGUGUUUCGUAUUAUCUAUAGCUUAUGCCUAUGUGUCCGAUCUGACCGCCAGCAACAACACACGCACCUUCGCCAAUACACUCGUUGAGAUUUUCGUCGGGUUUGGUUUGGUAUUGUCUGGCGUCACUGCCGGAUAUUUGAUCAAAAACGUCGGUUUUGUUUAUUCAAUGAUUGUUAUAUCAGCCCUUAAUGCGUUAAAUCUGAUAAUGAUAUUACUUUUCCUCCCAGAAUCUUUAGAUAAAUCCAAACGCCAAACAACUGACAUGUUGCAUUUGUUCAAAAGCGCGUUUGCAUUCUACACACGCGACACAUCAACAGACGGGAAGCGGUGGAAGUACAUCCUACUCAUGCUUAGUUAUAUAGGGUUGACAAUGUCUAUUGUUGGCAGACAAAGCAUAGAACAGCUGUACCAGCUCAAUGUGCCAUUUUGCUGGAACUCUGUGAAAAUAGGAUGGUACUCAAGUAUAAAUGACGUAGUACGCAAUGUCAUUGGCCUUUGCUCUAUCAAAUGUCUCCAAUCCUGCCUUUUUGAUGAAAUCAUUGUUAUAGUCAGCGGUUUAUCAAGUGUAUUUGCAUAUACCCUAGAGGCCCUGGCAGUCAACGACGUUAUGCUGAUGAUUGUGCCCGUUGUUGGAAUAUUCAGUAUACUGGCCAGUCCUGUGAUCCGGUCGAUAAUGUCAAAAAUGACAUCUCCAGACAAACAAGGUGCGUUAUUUGCCGGGGUUGCGGUGAUGCAGUCUGUGUGUACAGUGUUGUCGGAAGUGACGUCAAAGUCUACAUACACGGCAACUGUGGACAGCUUCCGGGGGUCUGUGUUCCUGGUAUUUGGAGGAUUCAGCGUAUUUUUGCUCGUCACUUUUAUAAUUUUCAUCAUUGCAUCAAAAUUAUCAAAGAAAAGAAGUAUCAGAAUGCAACGAAAGGCCAUUUAUCCUGGCGAAACAUGACCAGCCGUCCCGAGAGCUCGUAAUGACGAUGAUUGCGGAAACCGUCGGCACUUUCCGUAACCGC